AUGAUUGUAUUCCUGAUUCGGUUUUUUCGUGCACUAGCAAUUUUCUAUUUGUUGGUCACCGAAGUCAACCGAGGAAUGACCAUGAUAAAUCAGACUGGUGCUUCCGGAGCACAGCCCUCGCCCGAACCAACAUCGUUGCGUACCACACAUUUCAGACCUGCGGAAUAUCCUCGUGGUGAACGGCUAACCGUACAGCCUUCUGUGAGGCGAGUGCCGAUUGGUGGUGGCACGCCGAGCGACCAAUUCGCCGGAACAUCUGCUCAACAAACAAGCAACGAGUAUCGCUUAUUAGCAGAACCCGAGUUAUCACCUGUGGUUGCAGCUUCAGCUGGAAACGGUUCUCAAAUCGCAAGCGUGUCACGGCCAGCAGUGACAAUACAACCACGACAAGGUAUGUCAACAGUGGUGCAUCCCGUCCUCGAGCCUCAAUCACUGUCGCGUGAAGGAUUUGGUGGCCCUGAGUCGAGGCGAUGUGCGGGUUCGGGGGUGACAGGUGACGGAAGUUGUAGUGGAUGCCAGCAGAGGAAGAAGGUUGUUCUGGCGAAGAUGCUCGGUUUUUCGCUUCUUGACCAUGUGGAUGAUCAGGCACUUCGUCAGAUUGGCCGUGGAUUUCCGGCGACACAUAGGCAGCCCAGUAUGGCACGAGGCGGAGAAGCAUUGACUGGGUACGGACAACAGUACGUACAAGAGCAGUCGGAGCUGGAACGGGCGGAGCGCUGCAUCGAAUUCCAGGUAAUCAUCUUCUGCAGAGUUCUUAAAAGCACGUCCAGUACUUGGCCACAGCAGAUAAGCAGCCGAAGUCCGCCGAGAAUUGAAGGAAUUCCCAGAACGCAGCGCAGUGAUCUGUUUUCUGGUAAGCAAAACGGCGACGGUUCGUCACGAAGCCAAUCCAUCUUCGAUUUCUCGUCUGGUGGCCAUCAAAAGUCGAAAAUACCGACCGGAAAAGAUCUUCCCAAAUAUCUGUGA